AUGGAGCGCAACAGAAGAGGCGUUUGCCAUGCCUUCCAAAAGCAUGGUAAAUGUCGUUUCGGCGCACAAUGCAAGUUUAGCCAUGACACGUCCGCUACGAACCAAGAACAUAACUCAAGCUCUCGACCUUGUCGCCUAUUCAGUACCUCCCAAGGCUGCAAAUAUGGCACAGCUUGCAAGUUCUCGCACGAUGGCGCAGGCAAACAACAUGACAAUCUUGCAAGAGAUGAUGACACCGUCUCUCACGAACUUGAUACUUGGAAGAAGGAAGUCACCCAACGCCAGCCGCUUGGCUUUGGCCUAGGCAGAUUCUUUGACCAGGCAUUGCAGCUUGUCAAUUUGGAGAACGCUUGCCGUCAGGAUGUCAUCAGAAGUCUUGCUUCCGACCGCGGCUUGAACAAGGUCCUUGAACUUGUGAGCCAGAACUUUGGAGGCAUGUCUGAGAAGGCCAUGAAGCACGCAUUCAGCACCCAGAUUGUACCUUUCUUCCGCGCCCUCUCCGAAGAACAUGUCAUGUCUUCACCCCUUCUCGAACGUCAUCUCGGUGACAUCUGCCUGUUUCUCUACGGUGUUGGAGGUACCAGAGGCGAGAAGCUAUUCGCUGCAGUUAUUCAAGCGCUCACUACAAUGAUGCCCGAGCCGAAUAUCGCUUUCUUCACUUCGCUCGAAGCAACCCUGGCGGUGUUGUCCAAAGUCAUCGAAUUCGCUAGCACAGCGAAGGUCACUCCAAUCUACGAAGCGUACGCAACCACUCUGGCCGCCAUGGUUACACCACAAGUCGACGAAGCCGCAGAUCUGCUGCGUUGUCAAUCCGAGAAACAUCUCGACAGUAUCAACAAGCGUCUAGGAAUCGGCAAGGUCAUUCGAAACAUAACAAACGUUCAAGGUCCAGAUGUUGAGAGACCGGUGUUUGCCCUGCAACGAAGCUUCCCUGGAAGACUAGUCAAUGGAAGCCCACGACACGAUAACGACUUCGAAUCAAUCGAAGAUAUCCAGAUCAUGCCGACAUCAGAGGAGAUUCAAAGCAUCCAUGCAGAGUACCUCCCGUUGCAGGAUCCUUCCAGCUGGCAUAAGCAAGGUAUUCCCGGUCUACUUGACCGCCACUUCAGACUGCUUCGAGAGGACACCAUCGGUCAGUUACGUGACAGCGCUCGGAUUGAGCUUGAGGCUCUGCAAGGGGCUGGGCCACCACGUGCACAUGGCAGCAACAGUUCUUUGAAAAAGCACACCUACCACAACGCUCUAGUCGAACUUCCCAAGUUUGAUCCCCUCAGAGGCUUGGAAUUUGUUGUCAGUUUUGACCAGCCACCUGAGCUGCUUCCGAGGUCUAGAAGAAAGCGUCAAGAAUGGUGGACUGACUCAAAGAGAUUAGAAGGAGAUGCUCUCAUCUGUCUCAUCAGCUCCACUCAGGCUGUAGUCUUCUGCAGCGUCUGCUUUCCCGAUGAUCCUUCCAGGAGGCCCAAGAGGGAGGAUGGCGAUGCGCCUGAUCCUCACAACCACGUUCCAUCUAACGUCGAAGAUCGCGUUCGCGUGAUAGCUCGACCCGUCGAGAUGAGCGAAGAGAGUAUUGGUCACAUUCUUGGGACCUUCUCUCAGACCCACUUCCAAGGCGGACGUUCGUUAGUCGAGUUUCCAGGAGUGCUCCUGCCCGCAUUCUUACCUACUUUGAAAGCUCUGAAGGCCAUCUCGAAGAAGAACGAUCUGCCUUUUUCCGACUUUCUCGCACCAUCGCAGGCUGGUGAAGCAGAUGAAAUCACCGUGCUUCCACCCGUCUACGCCAGAAGAGCCGGAUUUCGUUUCAGCCUGGACUCCAUCACUCAAGACAAGAACCACUCUUUCGAUCCAUCAGGUCUCAAACGUUCGGACAUCGAGAACCUACAGAAGACAUCUGCUUUGGAUGAGACUCAAGCCUCCGCCCUCUUAUCAUCUCUUUCUAGAUCGUUUGCUCUCAUCCAGGGCCCCCCUGGCACCGGAAAGAGUUAUACUGGUGUCGCACUAGUCAAGACAUUGGUGAGUAACAGAAAGACGGGCAAUUUGGGACCUAUCCUGGUCGUCACAUUCACGAAUCAUGCUUUGGAUCAGUCUCUGGAGCACCUCCUUGACCAAGGCAUCACUCAAAUUGUUCGCCUUGGAAGCCGCUCCAAGUCAGAGCGUUUGACCGAUCUCAACCUUCGAAAAGUUGCCGAGAAGGCCGGUAAGACCAAGGUCGAGAAGUCGGAAUACGGCAAAACCAGAGGUCAAAUGAAAGACGAGGCCAGGGCGAUUACAGAACACCUGAAAGAGAUGACGCAUGACACUCUCAUCAUCAGAAAAUAUCUGGCACGAAACAACGUUCGCCACGAUGCACAGCUCUUUGCCAUCGAGGUAGACAAGGAAGGGUUUAAGAAAGUGCGCCAUGGAAGUCCGGAAGAUCGCCUCAGAGCAUGGUUGCAUGGAGGCAGGCAGAUCCACAGCAACCUGCCUACCCAGGCUAUCACAGGAGUCGACGAUCUGUAUGAUCUUUCACAUGUUGAGCGACGCAAGCUCUACAACCACUGGCUUCGAAGGGCCAAGAAACCAGUCCUCGAUGCAAUCAUGGACCGCGUUGAGCAAUUCGAAGACCUCAGAUCAAAUCUCGACAACAUCCGCAACGAACUCGAUCUUCGUGUGCUCGAACAAGCCGAAGUGAUUGGAGUGACGACUUCAGGUCUUGCACGCAAUCUUGGCCUCCUGCGUAGGCUGCCGUCGAAGAUCCUUCUUUGUGAGGAAGCCGGUGAAGUGCUCGAAUCUCAUCUUUUGACCGCAUUACUGCCGUCAGUUGAACACGCCAUUCUCAUUGGCGAUCACUUGCAAUUACGACCCCAUGUCCAGUGCUACGAGCUUUCACAAGAGAGCGUUCAAGGUCGACAAUAUGCCCUGGACACGUCCCUCUUCGAAAGACUGGUUGAUGCUGCUGGUGGCGGCGUCCGUCUUCCAUUCAGCCGUCUCGACACACAAAGAAGAAUGCAUCCGAGCAUCUCUGAGCUGGUGCGUUCAACUUUGUAUCCUACGCUUUCUGACGCAUCAUCCACCCUUGUACAUCCAGAAGUAACCGGGAUGAGGAAGCGACUCUUCUGGCUUGAUCAUCAGUAUCCGGAAUCUCAUGGAGGUCUGCAAUCUACCUCGCACACGAAUGACUACGAAGUGGAGAUGACGACUGCUCUCGUCUCUCACCUGAUCAAGCAAGGAACGUACAAGCCAGAAGCUAUUGCGGUUCUCACACCGUACCUCGGCCAACUCAGAAAGCUACGUCUUCGCAUGCAGAGCUCAUUCGAAGUUUUGCUCGACGAUCGUGAUGUCAAGAGCCUCCAAGACGAAGGUCUCGAUGACGGUGGAGCACGAUCGAGGGCCCCAUUAGCACCCGGCGUUCAAAAAGGCUCAAUUGCUUCAGCGGUGCGAAUCGCAACAGUGGACAACUUUCAAGGAGAAGAGGCCGAGGUCGUGGUCAUUUCACUUGUCAGAAGUAACAAGGAGCAGAAGUGUGGAUUCUUGAGAACUUCCAACCGCAUCAACGUCCUGCUGUCUCGCGCGAAGAACGGAAUGUUCAUUAUCGGAAACUCAGCUACCACUCAGCAUAUUCCCAUGUGGACUGAAGUUCUUCAGCUACUUCAGAUGAACGGCAACUUUGGUGAUGCUUUGGAAUUGGCAUGUCCAAGACAUAUUGCCGACGACAUGAGAGUCACAGAGCCGGACGACUUCAUUCGACUCGCUCCUGAUGGUGGCUGUGUGCUCCCAUGCACUCAAAGACUGGGCUGUGGUCACCAUUGCACUUCUCGUUGUCACUCUCAGGCUCUUCAUGACGCUGUCAAAUGUCUUGCUCCAUGCCCGAGACAGCCGGGCAGCCAUACAUGUGACCACGCUUGCCCUAAAGUCUGUGGUGAAGUGUGCCCCUCGAAGUGUAUGGAAAUCGUCAAGGACAUUAUUGUUGAGCUUCCUUGCGGCCAUGUGAAGAAAUCUCUUCCAUGCUGGCUAUACCAUGAGCAAGACCAGAUCAAAUGCGAGGAGUCUGUUGAGCGUCAAGUGCCAGGCUGCGGUCACACUGUGGUUCUGAGGUGCUGUGUGGACGUUACCGAUGACAACUUCUCGUGUCGGGCAAAGUGCAGCGACACUUUGAGUUGUGGCCACAUCUGUAAGAAUUCUUGCUUCAACUGCAAAAAGAGGGCUGAUUGUGUAAUCGUUGAAGAAAGCCAUGGCCGAUGUCGUCAAGUCUGCGGUCGAGACUUUACGAACUGCGGCCACAGCUGUGUGAAGACUUGUCACGAUGGGACAGACUGUGGCGUCUGCACCCAGCCCUGCGAAAUCCAAUGCAGUCACUCGAGUUGUCCUUUGACUUGCUCUCAGCCUUGUCCUCCUUGCGCAGAGCAGACUUGCUCAUCAUCGUGCCCUCACAGCGAGUGUAGCAUGCCUUGCGCAGCUCCUUGUGAUUGGGUUCCCUGCUCUUUGCGUUGCGAGAAGACUUUGAAGUGUGGUCAUCAGUGCCCUUCGAUCGAUGGCGCCCCUUGCCCUGGAGAGAAGUUUUGCCAGGAGUGUUGCAGCGAAGAAGUCAAGUCCCGUGUUGUUGAUCUAAUCAUGAUGAGCACGUACAGCGAUGUCGACUUGAACGAAGAGCCCUGCAUUUUCCCAGCAUGUGGUCACUUCUACACCAUCGGGACCAUGGAUGGUCACUUGGGUCUCAGCGAGCAUUAUGUCAUGGAUGUUAAUGGUCUCCCUGUUGCCCCCAGAGCUCCUGAAGACUCUCUGGACGUCGACAAGACUCGUAUGGUCUGCCCAGACUGUCGCCGUUCUUUACGCGACAUCCCCAGAUAUGGCAGAAUUGUCCGCCGCGCACUGCUCAUCCAGAGCACCUUGAAGUUCAUCACUUGGUCAAACAAUGAAUAUGUCAUUGCAUACGAUAACUUCUCAAGGGCACAAGAGACUCUAUCUGCUACAUUUGAAGAGGCCAAGUCAGCAGAGAUUGAUCUUCAUCUUAUCGGUUCUCGAGUCGAGCAGAUGCGAAUCAUCAAGCAGAGGCUUUCUGGAGUCAGAUAUGGUGAGAUCAUCGCCUUGAGACACAACAUUGACAACUUGAGAGGUCUUGUCAGUAAAGAUGAACAGCCGUUCAAGCGUGUUCAAGAGCUUGUUCGCUAUGCUCGCGUCGUUCAGAAGCAGGCACAGUCAGACUUCAAGUUCGAUGACAGCGUCAUCUUGCAGACCAGAUGCUCUGCUCUGACUACCGCCUUGCUUCUUCGCUGCGAUUUGAUGAUCCUGUCAGACGUCCUUUCCGUCCGCUCGUCGAAGGCAAUUCCCGUCGACACCGUCACAACUGUCGAUUUCUCAAAGAACCGCAGAGACUGUGAGACUCUAUUCCAGGUUGCCGACCAAGGACAGCAUCAUCUUCAGCAAGCCGAGGCGUUGAUAUUCUGGGCACAAUUUGCUGCUCUUGAAGUAUCCUGGCUUUCAGCCAACUCAGAAGACAGUGACACGACCGCCGUCGACAUACUACGCGCCACAGCCCGUGAACGCCUCGUCCAAGCCCGUACCUUCUGCGCCGAACACUCGCAAGCCCGCGUGGUACAAUCGGAAAUUGAAGAGGUGGAAAAGAUGUUGCGCGAGAGUACAUUCUACAGUCCUGUCACCAAUGAAGAGAUGAAGAAUGUUGUGGCUGCCAUGGCCCGUGAGUUCAGAGGCACUGGUCACUGGUACCGCUGCGAGAACGGCCACCCCUUCACGGUUGGCGAGUGUGGUAUGCCUAUGCAAACCGCACGUUGCCCUCAGUGCGGCGGUCUGAUCGGAGGACAGAGUCACCAGCCCGCUGCUGGUGUCACUCACGCCAACGACUUGGAGAGGGACUUCGGAAAUAUGAGUUUGUAAUGGGAACUGGUAAAGGAGGCUUGUAUUCCUGAUACAAGUGCUCGUUAGUCUUGUGUGUUGCAGAUUGCAUGGAAGAAGUGGAGGCAUAGACCGAGUAGUCAGACAAAUUCGAAUUACAGCAAAACUUG